AAAAAUCUUCAAUGGACAUAAACGUGUCAAGUUAGCAUAUCAACAGAAAUAUCGCAAUUGCGACAAAAUAAUCAAGAAACAUUUCAGCAAUGGCAUUUAGUAAGAAAGUAGCAUUAAAAAGACGAUAUUGUUCGUAUAAAUACGUUAUAUUAAAAUGGAACGUGUUGUAACGCAUGAUAUUGUUUGUUAAUUUGCAGGGAUUAUAAAUUGAAAAUAGAAGAAGUUAUUACAGUAUAUUUGAUCGGAUUACUCUAAAAGUCUGAUAUUUAUAUAAUACAAUUAGCAGAGUUCAGUAGUCGACAUAAACUAAACAGCUGUGGGAAAAAUCAAAUCAAAAUGGAGUGGAAAGGGGAAAACCAGAAAAGAUGCUGCAGGUUUCAACUGCCUGCUCCAGUCCUCAUACAUCUAGAGUGACGUCCCCUGUCGAAAAAGAAACACUACGCCGGCAAAUAGUUGGAUUAGCUGUAAAGAGUAAUUUAUUAUCAAAGAAGACUAGUGACAUAAGCUCUUCUGCAACUACAAGAAUAACUAACGUGUCCUCGUCAAUACAAGACAUCGACAAUAUCGACAACAACAAUAAUUAUACUAAUUUGCAUAAUAUUCACGUCGAAGGAUUAAAAAAGGUAAAAAGUCCACGUUCUCAUUCCACCAAACGAACGGGACUUUACGCUCAGUGUUCUUACGAGUUCAACAAAAUGCCUCAAACAGACCCACACGAAUCACUAAGAAAUACGUUGAUUCGAUCGAAAACCGCGUUAAAUGAUAAUAAGUCUAAGCCGAAAAUAGUCCGUUUCCGGAUGGACGAAUACACUAUAGGUAAACAGAAAGCACCUAUAGUUCACAUCACCGACAAUAAAGAGGUUAAAACAGUUAACAGUAGUUUGGCAGAUUUAGGACAUCCUAAUGAUUAUGAAAUAAGGGGAAGUGCAAUUGCAAUGAGGAAAGAAGGUUUGAAAGGUCUGCUGGCGUAUAAAGAUAUUUGUGCUGAAAACGAUAAACGACAAAACUCUUUACAAACAUCGCUUAAACUCUUUCGGCGGAGAAUUAAACUAAAUCAGGAAAAAUUUAUUCAACCUAAUGACAGCACAUCGGAAGAUUAUGUUAUUCAUACUCGUUCGCCAAUGUUUGACGUAACUGCACCAUCGCCAGUACCAGACGACCGGCAAGCAACUCGCCCUCUAUCGAGUGACGAACAUGUGCGGAUUUUGCGUUCAGCGCUUCAUACUAAACAUAACGGUGGAACUAAUGCUGUCAAACAAACAGACACAAUUAAUGAUACCGGUGAAUCAUAUAAAAAUAUUAAGUGCUCAUAUAGACUUCCAGAAAAUCCAAACUGGGGUAAAGAAGUCUCCUUCAAAGACAUUAAAGAUGACGUCAUACCUAACGUCAAAACGUAUGUUCUUGCCGAAGAAACGCAUCCACAUGCUAAAUUUAAAAAGAACAAUAUUCAAAAUGCAGUGACUUUAAACACACACAAUCUGAAUGUGCACAACUCUAUAACUCAAGUAAAUGGUCAAAAAGUAAAAGUUGGUGAAAAUGAAAUCUCGUUUGAUCCGAGAUUUCUAGACUGGCUCGAGGACUCUUUCACUAAUUUAAAACUGAACAAAAGCUCAACAUAUAUGUCGGAGGACACUAUUGAAAUAAGUGCACCGUCUAUAAAAAGAAGAAUUGCGACAAAAACAUGACAUUGAAUUGUAAAUAAUUGCCAGCGACGCAUUUCUCUGUCGAAAUUACAAAUGAAAGUUUUGACAAUACAUAUUUAUAAACAUUUGCAGUGUGGCUUCUUAUAGUUUUAGUCACAAAUUAAUACUGACUACCUCGACAUUAUCUAAUUAAUAGUGAAAUCACAACGUUUUGGCAGCUGUUGCUUAUGUUUGUCAUAAAUAAAAAAAUCAUCUUUA